UGUCAUCGACGGCAGUUCAGACAACGCGUUUUCAAUGCUGUGUUUAUAAUAUUUGCAUAUCUUUUUUUUUAAGUGAACGUGAGCUCUAUUAAAAAAUUUGAUCAAAUAUAUUUUCUAAAAAAACAUAAAAGCAGCAGUAACGCAAUGAAGGACAGCAGCAACAUCUCGACGAGCAACACAGCAGGGAUGCCAUGCUCCGCCGGAGGAGCAAUAACAACGUCUGGGGUAACCACCAGCAAUGCCACACCCAGUGCUCCAAGUACGCCCACAACAGCAGCAGCAGCAGCAGCAGCAGCAUCUGCUGCAGACCUAUCAGCAGCACAGCAAAAUCCACAACAGCGCAGCAAAAGCAAUAUCCAUGAGCUAAGAAAUCAGGAUUACGUCAGUCGUCUAAUGGCAGCGACUCCACCAUAUUUAUAUUCCGCACCCGUGGGACCAAAUAAUUUCUUUUUUAGCGAUAUGCUGCGUUCCUUAGUUCAAGCGCGAAAUAAUGAGACGGCGCGUGUAUUGCAGCUGCAACAACAACAGCAACAGCAGGCACAGCAGCAGCAGCAGCAACAGCAACAGCAACAACAGCAGCAGCAACAGCAACAUCAAGCGGCAUUGGUAAGACGGCCAAGAAAACGAUCCUGGUCACAUCGUCCUUACUAUGAGCAAUUACGAGAGCGACGUGAUGCCGAGGAGAAACAAAAUAAUCAGCAACAUCUACACCAUCAGCAACAUCAGCACCAGCAACUUCAGCAGCAAAUGACACCGGAAAAACCACUGGAGCUCACCAAUAAAGCAAUAACGCCCUAUGGCUAUGCCAAAAUGGAAACCAAACCACCAAUAACAACGUCAACGGUAGCACCACCAACAGAUAGCAGCAAUAAAAGUGGUCUGGGUGGUGCAAUUGAUACUAAUCUACAGGAUAAUACACCGCCAGCGGCAAGUUUGCCGCCACAAGAUUUGGUCUUGCCACCGCCACCACCCGUUUGGUAUCCACCGCUCUAUGCACCCUACGGCAUCGAUCCAUUGCACUUUUUCAUCGAUCUACGAGUUUCGGGACAUAUAUACGAUCGAAAGAAAGAGAACGUCUCACCCUUGUCGAGUAGCAACAAUGCAAUUGCCGAGGAAGGUUCACCGGGAUCGUGUUCUAGUUCAGGUGUAACAUCAGGAUCUGGUUUGGCUAGUAAUUUGCUAAGUAAACAACGUCAUGGUUCCGCUUUUACGGUGCCAAUUCCCAAGGCAGCACAAAAUGAUGCCAUUAAUCUAUGCGCCAAUGCUGCAGGUGGUGCAACGGUCGGUGGUGGAGUGACCACCACAUUGGGUAGCAAACUCGAACAUUAUGCCAAGUAUUAUGAUCUGGGUGAGACUAAGGAGAAUCAACCAUCUAGUACAGCUGCUAAUCUUUCAGCAGCCGCUGCCGCCGCUGCUGCAGCUGCGAAUCUAUCGAAAUCGGGAGCCAGUUAUAUGUUGCAACAUCUGCCACGACUCUAUAGUCAGUUUGCUGCCCAUCAGGCACAGGUUCAAAAUCAGGAUACUGAUGCCAAAUCGGAAUCAGCAUCGGUUAGUGCCUCACUCUCGGCACCCGAUCUCUGUGAUGACGAUUCAUUGGGUCGCAAUUCCAGCGAUACGGGAGCUGCCUUAGAGAACACUAGCGGUGGUCAGGGCAAUUGUGACAUCGAUGUGGAGAUCAUUGACUCUAUCAAAUAUCGGACAGAUGGCGAAAGUAGUCGUUGUUCCAGCAAUGACGAAGCCUCCAUCACACAAAUCGAUUGAGAUUACAAAUUACAAUUUUAUGAAUAAAGUUAAAUGUGCCAAUUAGUUUAGUGUUUUUAUUAUUUAAUCGGGACUGGUUGAUAUUUCAAUAGCUUAAGGUAAGUUAGAUAUUUUAGAUUGAUGUAUUCUUAGAAUGAUUUACCCAUCAAACGUGACAGCUGUGAUGCAAAACUGGUUUCCUGGUAUUUAAGGAAAAGUUCCUGGUUUCUCAUCCUGUAGCGGUAAAAGUAAUUUCAUAAAUCAUUUGACGCCGUCGUCGUCGCGUUGGUUGGUUCAUCUUACUUGUUGUUGUUGCUGCCUCAAGGCAUUCUUUAAAUGUCGU